CACGGGCAUAUUCCUCCAUGUUUGUUGUCGUCAAGAGAACAGUGAAACGUCAUCAUUGUGCGCGCCGUGUGCUGUUUUCGGGAGUCGCAUCGUCCACUCUCCUCGAAGAUCAAAGAGGCGAUUUUUCUUAAAAAUAGGAUGCCUCUACCCCCGGCACUGCUGGCACGCUUGGCCAAGAGAGGGAUUGUUAAACCGUCAGAGCAAGAGGUAGAUGAGGAGAUUAUUGCUGAAGAUUACGAUGACAACAACGUAGAUUAUGAAGCCACCAGAGUGGAGAAUCUACCACCAAACUGGUAUAAAGUGUUCGACCUUGCUUGUGGUCUUCCUUAUUACUGGAAUGUGGAGACAGAUUUAGUGGCCUGGCUGUCCCCUAAUGACCCAACUGCAGUGGUGACAAAACCUGCCAAGAAAAUCAGAGCUGAGGGAGGAGAUGAAAGAGUUGAGAGGCAGUUUGAGAAGUCGGACAGAGAGCGAGAGCGGGAAAGAGACAAAGAUCGGGAAAGGGAUCGGGACAGGGACCGAGAUAGGGAUGAAGGGAGGGACAGAGACAGAAGAAAGCAGCGGAGAGAAGACAUAGCGCCGUACAGUAAGAACAAAAGAGGGAGAAAAGAUGAUGAGAUGGACCCCAUGGAUCCAAGUGCUUAUUCUGAUGCCCCAAGAGGCACAUGGUCAAGCGGCCUGCCCAAGCGUAAUGAAGCAAAGACGGGUGCCGAUACCACAGCGGCGGGGCCUCUGUUCCAGCAGCGGCCGUACCCCAGUCCGGGAGCUGUGCUUCGGGCUAACGCAGCAAACCAGCUACCCAAGGAGUAAGCCGAGCUCCCCAGAAAUAACUAACAAAGACAGGGCUGUACAGUUUGCCCUCCCUUCCCUUUGCUCACAUCUUAAUCAGCCGUUAGACUGACAUCUCUUAAGUUCUUUCUUUUCAUUCUGAAAUGUGUGUACAUGCCAGAAAUUGAGUGCUGAGCUUUUUUACCACCAGUGCAUUCAUACUCUUUUCAAACAUGUCGAACAGUUGUAAAUAUGUUUUUAUAUGACCUAAAGAUUGACCUUCUUGUUGUUACUAGGGCCAUUCAUCAUCAUUUGCUAAUAAAUUUAAAGAUUACUGUGAAAAAUUA